AGGGCUCCGGGUCCAGUCGCGUCUCUGCAGAGGACAGUCUCCUUCUCUCACUUUUACGGAACAACAUCCGAAAAAGUCCGCGAUCUAAAACCACAAACUCAACUAACCAAAGCUUUUCAACUAGUAGCAACGAAAACCUGUUGAGCUUUGCGUUUUUUUUCUUUUAAAAAAUCCACUAUUUGAAGCAAACAGGAAACGCAGCGGGAGUUGGCAAAAGUUUUACUCACCUUACGAAUCGGCAGCCUGCAGCUUCACCAUGUUUGACAAGCAGCACUACGACAGCCCCCCGGUGUACACCCCACCCUCCAACAAUGGAUAUGGACCCCCGGGCAGCUUCCAGGACCCCCAGAGCGAAUACAACCCCUACCCGCCUCCCCCUGGCUCCUACUACAUCGAAGACAAACCCCAGCACUUUUACAAAUGGCUCUCACCCCCUGGAAUUAUCAAAGCCAUGAUGGCCACCGUCAUCGUCCUGUGCGUGGCCAUAUUCGCUUGCGUCGCUUCUACCCUGAUGUGGGAUAUGCAGUACGGAUACGGCGGGAUGGGGUACUACGGGUCAGGAAUGGGCUACGGAAGCGGGUACCCUGGCGGCAGUUACGGUUCGGGGUACGGUUCGGGGUACGGCAGCUACGGCGGUAACUAUGGGAGUUACUACGGGUCCUACAUUUCUCCAUACUCGGCCAAAACGGCAAUGAUCGCUAUGGCGGCGAUUAACUUCAUUAUAUCUCUGGCGUUUUUCAUCACGAGCUUCUCCAAGUCCCCCACUGUGCGCAGUCGGAAGUACUUCCUGGCCGUGCUCAUAACCAGCAUCAUCAUGGCCAUACUGCAGGGCAUCAUCAGUAUCGUGUACAUAGUCGGCGUGAACCCGAUGUCUCAGGGCACGUCCAGUAUGAUGUACAACCCCAUGCUGAUGAUGUGCCAGUCCAUGUACCAGGGCGGCUACUCGAACAUGGGCGGGGUGGGAGGCUUCCCCAUGUACAACCAGUACCUCUACCACUACUGCUUCGUCGACCCACAAGAGGGAGUUGCCAUGGUUUGCGGCUUCCUGGUGGCGAUCGCUUUGGGAGUCGCCGCUUUCUUCGCUCAGAAAACCAGAGGGAAGAUCUGGCGUUACGGAAAACCCAAUAUCUACUGGGAUCAGCCUCUGGUCGGAGGGAAGGCUUCAGAAGGCAGAGAUGUGGAGGAGUGGGUGAACAAUGUGGAGGAAAAUCGCAGUAUACAGGACGCUCCCACUCUGCUGGUGUCCGAGAAGGGGGCAGGGCUUCUCAACGCCUCAGCCAAUAGCGUGCUGUCCUACCCCGCGGCCAGAACGGACAUCGGCUCCUUUGAUGGGGACACCUUCAACAACAAUGAAUACACAGAGAGACUGACCCGUCCCUCUGUAGUGUCCCAGGGUCGGAUCAGCUCCAGAUCCUCAGACGAGACCACGACCCGAAAACCGUCCGCCCACCGAGGAAAGAGACGCCGACGGAACCCCGACUGGGAGGAGUCACAGUACGAGACGGAGUACACCACCGGGGGGGAGACGGGCAAUGAGCUGGACAUGGAGGAGUGGGACAGGAUGUACCCAGAGAUCACCUCGGAUUCCCAGAGACAUGAUUACAAGGCGGAGUUUGACGCAGAUUUGAAGGAGUAUAAAAGAAUGUGUGCAGACAUGGACGACAUCAACGACCAGCUGAACAAACUGAGCAGGCAGCUGGAUACACUGGACGAUACUUCGGACAAAUACCAGGCUGUUGCAGAGGAGUAUAAUCAACUAAAAGACCUCAAGCGGACACCAGAAUACCAGGAGAAAAAGCAACACAGCCGCACACUGAGACACAAACUGUUCCACAUCAAGCGAAUGGUGAAAAACUACGACAAGAGCCACUCGUGAAGCCAGCCCCCGAGAUGCGAACAAAACAACUACACUCCCCCUCUUCAGAGGCCAGACCAAAGUAACACUACCACUGUGUGUGAUCAUGCUCAUUUUAACUGAAGAAUAUGGACAGUUAAAUGCAAAUGAGACUAAAACAGAGCUCAAAACAGUAGCACUGCCAAUGUAAGGGUUCCAUAUCAAAAUCAAUGUAUUUUUCGCUUAUUACUACAUUAUAAUAUUGUUUUUUCUUCAAAAACAUGACUGAUGUUUCAUUUGUGCAUGUAAAAUCUGAAUAUUUAAUCUCAAAACACUUUCUGACACCACCUUUUGAUUUCAUUUUGAUCAUAAUAUAACUAUGCAUUGUGUUUCUGGACACUAAUAGAGUUAAUGCACUAUUGUAGCCACAGCUGCCCUGGGGUAGACUGACAGAACCACCAACGCCCACUCACACAGGGUAUUCAUAGUACAAGGCAAGAAGGAUGAAGUGUCUUGCCAAAGAACAACAACAACAACAGUAUCGACUAGAGUAGGGUGACCGUCCUCAUUUACCCGGGACAGUCCCACUUUUGAGUCCUGUGUCCCCUGUCCCAGCAGAUUUAUUUAAAACCUGUGAUUUGUCCCAGUUUUAUACAAGAAAUGUCUCAGGUGUCCCUAUUUUUGACCAAUUUGAUCUAAAUCAAGACUAAACUAAGACUAAACCAUGACUACAUCAGGUGUAAACCAGGACUAAAACAGGACUAUCACAAUGUUUGACCAAUCUGAUCCCUGCCAACAGUAAAGAGAAGCAUAAACUGUCAUUUGUUUAGCCAAAAUACAGAAAACUAUGUUUGCAAAUGACCAUAAAGCAAAAAAAGGCAAUGAAAGUCCCUCAGAUUAUGACUGACACGAGAUUGCACAAUAUUACACUCUCUUUUCACAAUUUUAUUUAUAUCAACCAUCCAAACCCGGGAGUGUUCCAGUUUAGAAUUUUGAAAAUCUGGUCACCCUACACUAGAGUCACUGCAGUUUCACUGUGAUACCUUUUAUUCUCAGCAGUCUCCCAUCAAAGUACUGACCAAGCCCAACCCUGUUUAGCUAAGAUCAGGUUUUCUCACCAGAAAAGUUCCAUAGUGUGCCCAAAGCUUAAAUAAUGCAGAACAAAUUACCUUAGUAGUAGAUUCUGUAUCCACUGACAACAAGUUUGGAUUUUUUUUACAUGCACAUCAUACUGUGUAUCUCAUGUCAAAGUGGACUUUUAGCAAACUCCAAAUAAGAUAUUGUUGCCUUGAUCAAAAUUAGUAAUUUAGUCAGUAAACAGUUAUUUGUAAUUUAUUGAUUUUAACUAUUUUCAGUCUCCCAUCCAAACACUGACCAGGCCGAGCCCUGCUUAGCUUCAUGGAUCAGACAAGAAGAAGAAUCAGGCUUUUUCAAGGUGGUAGCCUGUAGGGAUGUAACAAUAACCAAAAUAUCAUGAUAUUGCAACAUCAAAUUCUCACAAUAAUAUCGUGGGCUGUCAAAAUAUAUCAAAUUACAAGUUCCUAUGCUUAAAUGCAUGGUUUUAUUCUAGCAACAGUUUAUAAACAUAAGGAACUACAUGAUUCAUUUCAGUGCAGACAAUGUGAAGAAAUACGUUUUUUACUUGAAUUAUUGGGAUUAUCACAGUAAUAAUACACACCAAAAUCUUGUCAAGGUAUUUUAAAAGCUAAAAAGUGUCCCAUCUACAAUUAUAUUAGUGUCUACAAAAUAUUGCAAUAAAUAUCGUACAGUGAGAUGCAUAUCAUGAUAAUAUCAUGAUAUAUGAUUUGGAUAUCAUUACAUCCCUAGUAAAGCAUUCCAUUCCAUGUAAAGCAAUAACCAGAAAUGUUCCAUAGUGUGCCCAAAGCCUAAAUAAUGCAGAACAAAUUACCUUUAGCAGAUUCCGUAUCCACUGACAACAAGUUUGUACUGGAUUUUGUUUACAUACUGUAUAUCUGAUGUCAAAGCAGAUAACAGCAAACUCCAAAUAUAAGACGUUGUUGCCUUCAUCAAAGCAUAAUUGUAAUUUAUUGAUUUUAACUAUUUGAAGUAGAAGUAGCAUAUUUGUAUUAUUUUUUAUUGUUUUAUUAACAUCUCCAUUAACAAAAUAAAACAAAAUAGAAAUUAGUUACAUCUACAAUAUCAAGGAUAAUAUACUAAACCUGUGGUAAUAAAGGCAAUGCCUGCAUCAAUUUAAAAACAAAAAUAAAAUGAGUUUUGUUUUGAAUGUUCACAUGAUCAUUUGCAGUAAUUGUAAACAUAAAAGGCGUGUUUGCAUAGAUAAUCAAUAACUAUAUUUAAAAACACUGGAUUGUAUUUAAGUCUGGUUUAGUGGUUCAGUAGCAAUAACUUAUUAAAGGUCCUAGUACAGCACACAAAAUUGAUUCUUGUGAAGUUUGAGCCAUGUUAGAAUAUUAUUACCUCAUCAAAAACAGACCUGGAGUUGCGUUUUGUUUCAUUCAUAUGUUUAAGUGAUCAUUUAUUAUUAAUCUGUCUACAUCGCCAAAGCUCAAAACACUCUAUUCCACCUUGUGAUGUCAUGAAGCGGUAGUUUUCAAGUUAAUAGCUCCUUUUUUUUUUUUUUGUUUAGUAGAGAUUUGCAGUUCCAGAGCUGAAAUCAUCCAACUGUUUCUAGUGAAAGUGUAUGGGGACAAAACACAACUCCAGGUCUGAUUUUGAUGCGGAAAUAACAUUAUAACAUAGAUCAGAAAAUAGUGUAACAUGGGCCUUUUAACUUUUUUGUUCUCAGCAGAUAAAGUGUGCACUGAUAUAAGGAACAUAAAUAAAUAUGCAUAACUUUAUUAGAUAGCAAUAAUUUUAUAACAUUUUUGCAUUACUUAGUUGCAUUAUGGUACCUUCUUAAAAAUUGAUCAGGACUAGACCAGAAUGCUCUUUUAUUCAUAAUGUUGUGGAGAACUGUGCAGUAAAUUCAUUCAUUCAUUUUCGUUUUGUCAUAACUGCAGUGAGUGAGACCGAGCAACCGCCAAAAAGAUUUUAUUUUUAUAUCGAUCACUUAACCAACAUCUUUAAAAUGUCUUGUUUAUUAUCAUUACUUUAAAAAAACAAUGUAAUAUGUUCAAACGAAUGGUAUAAAUACUAUAUUUUGUAGUUAAUUAAUGGAGUUUAACAUUCAAAAAGUGUCUUAAAGUGGAACUAAACACUAAAUCACCGUUGUUUUGCUUCUAAACUGUGUAUAUGAUGUUCCCGUUCUUCGUCAUUUUUGGCAAUUUUAGUGCAAACUAGGUAAAUUUGCUUCCCUGACCAGCCACUCCCAAUGUAGAAGGGACUGGAACCAGACUGUAGAGCAUGAAAAACAUCUCAAAUGUGGAAGAUAUCUCCAUAAAUCUCGUAACAUUCAGAACUAAAUAUAACAAAUAAACUUUUACCUGAAAUAAGUAAGUUUGGUGCUUUGAUUGUCGAUCAAAAUGCGAUAAAAAUCCGCACUGUUUUUCAGUCCUUCAUGGAGACUUUUUCUCCUUUUCACCUUUUUUUCAGGUAUGCAGCUAUGUUUUUUUUUUAUGGGAAUAGAGCAUGCAUCUCUCUGAUUGGUUAAUCCACAUGUCAAUCACUGUCUCUGAAAUCAGGGAGACAGGACACGGCUCCAGAUCCAGACGUUGCGAAGUUUUCUCAAAGUGUGUUGUUCUGGCUGGACAGGAAAUAAGUAUGCAGCUUUGUGUUGCCUUCAGUGGCCUCUACAACUUCAAGUUGCUGGUGACAUUACACAGGACUGCACUGAUUACAGCUAGGUGUAGGGACGGAGUGUGAAGUGUGGAGAUCUCUUUGACCAAUCACACUGUUCCUUAUACCUCCAGACCCCGCCCCUCUUCCUCCUUUCACUCUUUUCACGUACUGUCCGGGUUAGAAGCUCUAUUUGAAAUAUUUUUUUUGUGGGCGGAGUUUAGGUGUUUAGUCCCACUUUAAAUUCUUUUUUUUUUUUUCUAAAUUUGUUGGAGUUUAACGUUCUAAAAAUGUCAUAAUCUAAAUGUCAAAGUAGUGUUCACUCGUCAAUAAGCUCUUCCAUCUGUAACGACUCUGAUAAUUUGUCUCUAAUCUUUGUUAAUCUGCUGUACAUUUAAACUGUUGAUUUUUGGUGCAUAUUUUUUUUUCUUUUUUUUGUAAACGAAGGACAUUUUUUCAUUUUACAAACCACUCGUGAGCCAUUUAUUUUUGUAUGAAUUUAUUUUCUUUAUUUUUUGCUUUGUUUGAAAUACCAUGUUUUUGUUAC